AUGGCUGCAGGCACUCGCUCUUCAGUCCGGUUUUGGAGUGAAUUUGAUCUACCACGUUUAAAGAAGGAACUGGACGUGACGGCCACCGAACUGGUGGACAGACAAGACGCGAGCGAUGCAGCCAGGUCCCGGCUCGUGCAACUCUGCCGGGAAUUCAAGAAGACGGCGCCCCACGACGUCCGGUGCCUGGUGUCUCCGCUGCUGAGGCACUUCCAGGCCGAAGUGGAUCGCCUGGGAGAGCGAAGCCUGGCUGCCGAGGCCGCCUUCCUGGCUCUCUACAAGAGGCUGCUGCGCGCCGUCUCCGCCGCCCACUCAGUUCCAACUCCGUGAUCGGCGCAUGUGCCGACGCCGUUGACGCAACCGACGCGCUCGUCUCGGAGGCCCGGGUCACUGCGUGCCGUCGGCCGCGCGGAUGUUCCGCGUGUGUGUUGGUGCCGGACUCACCUUUAAUACGGAGGCUGCAAAUCUCGUUUCGUUGGGCGAAGACGAGGCGCGGUCGGACGCUGCGGUUCCGGGCGGCGCUGCCGGUAAUUGGCGCGGCGGCGGCGGCGCCCACCUGCGAUUCAAUGACCGCCGGCGCCCUUGAACGCCCGCGCUAAUCGGGGCGGUGGACUCGACCAGCCGCGCACUCACCCCUGAUGUACGCCGCGAUCGGUGCAUCAUGCACUCACGGCUCGGAAGCGGUGCGCCCUCAGUGUGCGAAUGCUCUCGUCACGACUUAUAACCAUUGUCACUUCGACGUCGUGGCAUGCACGCGCCAAGUUGCCCUCGUCUCUAUUGAUUGCGUACUCUAUAGUGUCUAAAGAGAUUAUACAGAGAAAAGUAAGAUUGGCCGUAUUAGUAGCUUAGCCCCUCGCGCGAUACCGAGAAAGCCACUCUGACCGAAAGAGGAGGCUUGUCAUAAGAAAAAAGACGCAAUAACGGAAGAUGGUUGGAGAUGCCGCCUUGAAGUCCAGCUCGCCGUGACGGUCGUGGAUUUUGACCGCAUGCCGCCCGCUCCUGGUUAAUUUUCUCUAUCGUUUAAAAAUGGACAACUUGGAAUUCUAAAGGGGCAAGUGACUGGAAUCGGCAAGUUCUGACAAUAUUCA